CCUCCCGUGGGCCUGUGCUGGAAGCUGCUCCUCACAUAUAAAGCGCUUCCCAAUGCCGGAGGAAACAGUGAAUCACAGCUUCAGAGGGGGAGUCGAGCACCAUCCACUCAUCUCUCUCACAGUGCUCUUCAACCACCAGCUGCUCGGUCAAAGUCGGCUCCGAUCGCGCGCUCACUUUAAACCGCUUUAAAUUCAGAAACAGAAGAAAAAAAAAGCUCUCGCUCGCACUCGCGCCCGAGAGGCAAAGUUUGAGGAAGAGGGGAAGCUGAAGUUUUGAGAGCGCACAUGGCUGCUCUGAUAAGCGCGUAUUCGUCCUGGCCGGAGAGCUUCGAGUGUUCUGCGGGAAACGCGGACGUACCUGACGGACACACCUCCCACAGAGCUCCCGCGGACAAGGUGUCGGAGCCGCGCAUCAGGAGACCCAUGAACGCCUUCAUGGUGUGGGCCAAAGAUGAGCGCAAGAGGCUCGCAGUACAGAACCCCGACCUCCACAACGCCGAGCUAAGCAAGAUGCUGGGAAAGUCUUGGAAAGCUUUAACUCCGCCGCAGAAGAGACCAUACGUGGAGGAAGCGGAGCGGCUGAGGGUGCAGCACAUGCAGGACUACCCCAAUUACAAAUACCGUCCCCGUAGGAAGAAGCAGCUGAAGCGCAUCUGUAAACGCGUGGACCCCGGCUUCCUCCUGACCACCCUCGGCCCCGACCAGAACUCCCUCCCGGACCCCCGAGGCUGCUGUCACCCCCUCGAUAAAGACGACGAGAGCGGCGUGAGUGGCAGCGGUGGCUUCGGUUCUCCCAGCGCAGCUCUCCCCGGCGUCAGGGUCUUCAGAGAUCCGGCCAGUUCCAACAGCAGCUUCGAUACGUACCCGUACGGCUUGCCCACGCCCCCCGAGAUGUCUCCUCUGGACGCCGUGGAUCACGAACACCAGUCCUACUACUCUUCCUCCAGCUCAGUGUCCACCAGCUCCUGCUCAUCCUCCGCCUCUUGCCCAGACGACAGGCGUCCCACCCCGGUGCACAUGAGCAGUCCACCCCCCUACCAUCCCGAUUACUCCCAGCAGGUACCUUUGCACUGUGGGAGCUCACAUUUGGGCCACAUCCCGAUGUCCCACCAGGGAAGUGGGGCGACCCUUAUCGCAGCUCCUCCGCUGUCCUAUUACAGCCCUUCGUUCCCGCAGGUUCAGAUCCAUCAUGGGCACCAGGGGCACCUGGGACAGCUUUCUCCCCCUCCAGAGCAGGGGCACCUGGAAGGUCUGGACCAGCUGAGCCAGGCUGAAUUGCUGGGUGAGGUAGACCGAGAUGAGUUCGACCAGUACCUAAAUUCCACUAGUUAUCACCCCGAACAGGGCGGGAUGACGGUCACGGGACACAUCCAGGUAACGCCGGCUUCCGUUUGCUCCAGCAGCGCUACGGAAACCAGUCUCAUCUCCGUAUUGGCCGAUGCCACGGCAGCCUAUUACAACAACUACAGCAUUUCAUAAACACCAAAACAGAGACAACUGACACAGACAGAGACUGUGGGCUCGACAAGGGUCAGCAAUAUGACUGGCAGGUGAAAGGAAGGCCGUGGAGGGAGCGGAAAAGAGAAGCUACAGGAAGUCAAAGGACACCUCAGGGAUGCAUAGAUAAAAAAAAAUCUUUGUUUCCAAAAGAAGAACGGAAGUAAAAGAAAAAAAAUGGACAAACAUAGAAAAUGCUCUCAUAUCUUGCCACAGAAGCAUGUACAUAUGCUAUAAAGCUUAUUUAUAUAUCGAAUUGCUUUGCAUUAAAGCUUAUUGUAUUGCUUUUUUUCAGUCCAGAUAUAUUCAUUUGAUUUUUUUUUUUUCAAACCUCAAUUGUUUUACCUCAAGAAUUAUUUAAGCGAGGCUGGUCUUUUCCUUCAUAGGACAUAAUUUUGAAGGAUAUCCUGCCCUUUCUUUGUCCCUUUACAUUCAUUCAUUUCAAAAAUGUAUAUGUAUACUCAGUUAAAAGAAUAAUAAUAAUGAAUACUAUUGUAUGCCAGUUUAGGUUUUCCAUAUUAAUUUAAUUCAAAUACAAUUUUGAGUUCAUGCGUUUAGUAUUUUCUUUUUUGAUAUCCACACAGAUGUCAAGCGGAAGAAUGUAGCUCAGUAUUGAUGUUUGUUGAACACCGUUCUGUUUGGCCGAUUUCAACGAUGAGGACUUUCAUAAGAUUUCAUGAUAAAUUGCGUUGUUAAUGCCCGUAUAAGUACAGAGCAGUGAUUCCGUCUGUAGGUCUGGACUUGAGAAAAAAAAAAAUGUUGCAGAUGCUGUUCAUUUUGUGAUAUAUUAAAAGUGAAUGUUCUGAGGUCCCAUCUGAAUUAGAUGCCGCUAAAUAAAAACACAAAAGAAACUGA